GCGAGCCAUUACCUCCGUACCUACAACCAUCACCCGUCCGCCAGAAAACGUGCCACCUAUCUGGCCAGCCAACAGCGAAACCAUGACAGUAUUUCUCCGACGAUAGGAUUACCAUCUUUGCAUGCGCGAGCGAUGACCAUCUCUUGCCGCCGCGAUGCCUGCGCUGUCACGGGAAAAUGCGCGAAUCUGGCUGCUACUCGGUAUCUUCUUCUUGACGCUCUUAUCCCGGAAUGACGGCCCUGCCCUGAUCUCAGCACCAUUCAGGGGGGAUUCUCGCCUCAGCCGCUUGAGGGACGCGCUUGGUGUACUAAACAGUACCAACUGGGGUGACUUCGCUCCGCAUGCGGCCAGGGAGGUGCGCCCUCCCUGGCAGGCGCCGCGUUUCCUCAACCUGACUGGCUUCCGAGAGACCGAUGGCUACGCCUGGGGUGAUUUAGCGUACUUCAAGGACCGCUGCCGUCAAUGGAGCCGUCACGCCUAUCCGCCGCUUAAGGGGGCCGACGAGUGGGAUCAUGGGCCGGUGCCGAGAACCUGGCAGAAUGCCACUGGCACCGUGCAUGGGAAGUGGGUGCGCCGGCGAGGGUCGGUCGUGAAGCAUGCCGGCGACUACAACCUCACCGCGAUUGCCUCGGGUGUCGACUGGCUGGAUGGCCCUGUCGAAUGGGGUUGGAAUGUCACUGGCUCUCACGGCACCAUAUUACUGCGCCUCUCCGAAGAUGCCGGCGAUGGUGUCUUUGAAGAAGGACCAACAAAAGAUGGCAAGCAGGCGCACUCAGCAGCUGUGGUAAGGGAGAUUUCGGCCGUGGCCGACAUCCAGGACGAGACAAGUUCGACAUCUAGUUUCGCUGUCCGGCUGCACGGCGUCCACUGGCCGAGACAGGGCUCGAUCCUCCUGACCACUACCACCGAGAAGUUCUCGGGCAUCUUUGGCCUUCCUCAUCUCGCUCCCAGCCCGGAGUUCUACCAGACGAGCCAGAGACUCCUGAACCAAACCUUGGACGAGAUUCUCGGCAAGAAGGAGCGCAGCAGGUUCGCAGACCCCAGCAACCCAUGGACCCCCGUGGUGGAGGAGGAUGUUUCGAUCCCGGUGCCGCGGUGCGAGUACGUCAUGUACUUGCAACUACACCCGCUGGACCCUCUGUACAUCGGCCAAGACGGAGUCGAUGGCCGACAUGUCCCUCUGGUCGAUCAGCUGGAGAAAGAGCUUCGGUUCCCCACUGGAGCCCCAUUUAAUGGGAAGCCGGAUCUCCGCAUGUCGCUCGUGGCCUGGUCCCCGGACUGCGCCUACUACCUCGAGUCUAAAGGCCCACCUCUGUUCCCUUCAGCCGAGGGGCAGCACCUUGUCGGCGUGAAAUCGGAGGUCCUGCUAUCGCGAACCAAGGCAUGGAUGUUUGGGUUUGCCGCCGUCCUGAUGGCGCAGCUAUGGCUGCUAAAGGAGCAGAUGAAGGAGUCGAAUACACCCUCCACACUCGGCCGUAUCAGCUUCCACACGGCUGCCAUGAUGCUUUUGGCCGACGGCUUGGUCUUCGCAUGCUCGUCGGCCUGGAGUCUCUCCGCAACCAACACUUUCCUACCUUCCCUAAUGCUUACCUUCGCUGCCUUCAUGUCAAUGACGAUCGGCGCGGGCUUCUUGUCCGAAAUAUACAAGCAUCAAGAGCCGGAACGGAGGCGCGAGCAAAGCCGAGCCAACGAUGCAGGCACAUCACGGGCGCCUACCGCUCCCGCUGCCGCUCCCGCUCCCGCCCCGGCCCCUGUCAACCCGCCGGUAGCGAACUCUGCCGCUCCGCCCACGACCGCCCGACCGGCUCGCACCCCUUCACCCCCAAUCAUAAUUCCCUCCGAUCAGGACAUGGACGCCGAAAUAGCCGAGAACACCGCCUCAGGCGGAGGCACAGGCGCAGCCGCCCUCCCUCUACCAGCAACCACCACCACCGUCCCUCCCCGCCCGCGCGUCAGCGCAUUUGCAUCCAUAACAGGGACAUUCGUGACCCUGGGCAUCGCAACCCUAAUUGUCACCGCAAUGUCCAUGACCUGGCCGCCGCGUGCCCGCGCGCUUUACUUCAACUUCCUCGCCUUCGCUUACCUUGCCUUUUGGCUCCCGCAGAUCCGCCGCAACAUCAUGCGCAACAGCCGCCGCGCCUUCGCCUGGCGCUUCAUGAUCGGCCAGUCCGUGCUGCGACUCUUGCCGUUUGCCUACUUUUAUCUCCGGCAUGAUAAUAUCUUAUUCGUGGAGCCCGACGCCACGUCUUUCCUCUGUCUUGUCGGGUGGCUGUGGGUGCAGUUGGUGGUCUUGGCCGUGCAGGACGUAUUGGGCCCGAGGUUCGGCGUGCCGAAGCGCUGGUGUCCCGACGUGUGGGAUUAUCACCCCGUCUUGCGGGAGGAUAACGUCGAGGCGGGCGGGUUGCCCAUUGGCUUAGUCUCGGCGGCCUUGUCCUCAGGGGAGUCGCCUGACAGCACCGCCAGCUCGCCGGUGGCGGGGAGGACCAGGCGGUCGUGGUCAUUUGGCACCGGGGAGCCCGAUGGUGGUGGGGACGAUGAUGGGGCGAAGAGAAGGGAGAGGGAAAAGGAGUUGAAGAGACACGGCAUGGCACUGCGACCGAUCGACUGCGCCAUCUGUACCGAGGUCUUGGAGGUCCCCGUGGUCAGGGCCAAUGCCAAGGAUCCCUCGGCUGCGGGCGGACUGGUCGGCGUGUUUGCGCGGAGGGCGUACAUGGUCACGCCGUGCCGGCAUAUCUUCCACACGAAGUGCCUGGAGGGGUGGUUCAGGUAUAAGCUGCAGUGCCCGAUCUGCCGGGAGGAGUUGCCGCCACUGUGAGGGUGGCUUGUGAUAGAAUUAACGAAACGGAUGAAACGGGGGUAUGGGUUCGAGAGUGCGCAUUAGUCACCUUCCAGUAACCUUGAACUUGUUUGAAAUGUCUCACCUGGUGGUUGAGGGCUAUAGAGUGGCGUACGUCUGGGGUUCCAUUGUAUGUAUACACACCAAGAGAACUAUGAUAGGGUCCCGCGCUACGAUAGACAAACCGCCGGUGAGGUGAGUGCAAGGUAUGUAUACCUAUGCAAACGACACUAAGACUGCAGCUCUCUUCUCGGAAGCCCAAAAAUCGGGGCUUGCUUGUACGUCGCGCACGUCGCGCAUGGUUGGGUUGUUGAAAUUCUGUAUAACCAUCCCAAUCGAACAUGGACCCGGAGCCGUCAGAUGAUACUUGAAGGGAUUGUAUGAGAACCAAAAAAAUGCCAUGGAGAUGUCUGUCCUCGAAAU